CUGCUGCAGCGUUGUCAAGGGCAGCAGCUGGGCACCAAAGUGACUGAGGCUCUGAGAGUGGGGAGACCAGGAGAGGCGAGGGUAUCAUCACAUAGUCAACUAUCGUGGGGUUAGAAAAAUGAAAUGUACAUAUCUUUCAGGAUUUAAGAAGAGAAAGCAGAAGAUAGCUAGACAGAAGCAAGAAGAAAAGGGAAAAAUAACUCUUCACAAAUUUCUUCAGGCACAAUCCAAGUCAAGUCAGUUAACUGAGUUGAGCGAUGCUCACAUUUAAGGCUCUUCAGAGGUGGGAAGCGAAAGUGGUGUUGUAAGAGAAAAAGAAAAGGAAGUGUGUGAGGAAUCUGAAAUAUUAACACAUUCAGAAAACAGUUUUAUGGUUGUUGUGGAGGAAGAGAAGGAAAUCCAGCCUCUUUGGCUAGACAAUGGAGAACACAGCAGUAACACUGCUACAACUGAGAAACCGGUACAGUCAACUAGUCCUGCUGCUAUAGGUGGGAAUGACAAAGAAGAGUUGUGCAGUAAUGACCCAGCCUCUUGGAAGUACCUAGAUAUAAAGAAGAGAGAUCUUAUUGUAUUGAAGGGUCCACCACAGAAGCCCAAAACCUUUCCUCGUGAUUCUUUUGGAAGGAAAUUGCCUAUAACCGUUUUUUCUAAACAUCUGAGUAAUGGCGAAUCUAUUGAAAGAGACUGGAUGGUGUGGAGUCAAGAUGCUGCAGCAAUAUUGUUUUCCCUGCAGUCUCUACAGAAGUGAAACUCAAACUAAGCAAUUACAGCACUCAAAAUUUGUCAAAGGUGGAAUUGCAGAUAAUUGGAGAAAGAUUUAUGAGAAAAUCAAAAAUCAUGAAGAAAACGCUUCACAUUUGAGCAAUUACAUUAAGUGGAAGGAAUUAUUUCAGACACUCAGUGAUAAAAGAGGCAUUGAUGCAGCAGUACAACAUAGUAUUAAACAGGAGGAGGAAAAAUGGCGUAAAAUAUUAACUGCCAUUGUUGUAAAUCUUUUCCUAGCAAAGAAUAAUCUGCCAUUUCGUGGUAGCCAUUCUACCGUUGAUUAUGAUGACUGUGGGCUUUUCUUGUCAACACUGAAGCUUGUGGGCAGGUACAAUCCUGAGGUGAAACAUCUAGAGAUGGUAGCUCAAUGCAGAGAGUCUGGUCGAAGAAUGCAGGCUCACUACCUGUCAUGGUGUAGUCAGAAUGAAUUCUUGAAACUGUGUGGGGAGAAAGUUUUAAGCUCUAUUCUUGAAGAGGUAAGAAAAGCCCGAUAUUUCAGCAUUGUUGUUGAUGGUACACCUGAUGCUUCACACACAGAGCAGUUAGUUUUUAUUCUCAGAUAUGUGAUGCAAAAAGACAGAAAUUGGGAUGUGCAUGAAAGAUUUGUUAAACUAGUAGAUUUUAAAAAAAGACUGGGGCAGAUAUCGCAGAAGAGAUAAAGAGGUUUUUAAAAGAAUGUGACUUAGAACUAUCUUGGUGCAGAGGACAGCGAUAUGACAAUGCCUCUAACAUGUCAGGAAGAUUUCAGGGAGUAAAGACAAGAAUUUUGGAAGAAAAUGCCCAAGCCUAUUUCUCUCCAUGCAGCGCUCACACGCUGAACCUGUGUGGCACCCACGCUAAGGAAACCAGUGUAGAAGUAAAAACAUAUUUUGGAAAUGUUCAUAAACUCUAUAAAGUAUUUGCUCUUAGCCCUGUGAGAUGGAAAAUUUUGCAGACCACUGCGAAUAUAUCUCUUCACUCUGUAUCUAAAAUUAGGUGGAGCACAAGAGUUGAUGCUGUUCGCCCCCUAAUCAAAAACCACACAGGCAUGCUGGAAAGUUAAAUGAAGCUUUUCUUCAAUUUUAAUUAACCUCCUGAAAUCCAGGCAGAUGUUGACUGUUUGAUUCAAAUGACUUAAGUCAUAUGAAUUUGUACUUCUUACUACAAUAUGGUUUAAAGUGCUUCAGUGUAUUGAUGAUAAGAACAAGGUCCUACAAAGCUCCAAAUUAACAAUGGAAGAGGGAGCUAAACACGUGAGCAACUUAGUCAAGGAAAUUCAAACAUUGAAAGAUUCUUGGCCAAUUUGUUUUGAAGAAUCUAAACAAGUCGCUUCAAGUCUUGGCAUUGACCCAAAAAUGAAAAGUGACUCAAGGAUUCAGAAGAAAAAGCAAUUCUUUGAUGACACAGGGGAUGCAGACUAUACAUUUGACUCUCGCCAUAUUCAGUUCAAAGUACAGGUGUUCUUCCUGUCAAUGGAUUUGCUUCUAUCAGAGCUAGGAGGCCUUGGCGAAAGAAUGGCUGAAGUCUCAAAUUUAUUUUCACCUAUUUUGUUUCCACCAGAUACAGUGGAUGAAUCUUCUAUAGAAAAUUUUGUUGACACUUUGGCCACAGCAUAUCCAAAAGACCUCCAGAGAGAAGAUCUUAAAGAGGAACUUAGAAUCUUUUACAAAAUAAAAGACGAUUCCAACGUAAGAGUUGAUGAACAUAUAACCUCUGCACUUACAUUUCUUAAUGCUCUCUUCAAAAAAGGGUUGGAAAAUGUGUUUCCACACAGAUCUGUAUUUGUUUACGCCUACUAAUAGUGUUGCCAGUGUCAGUAGCAUCAGGAGAGCAUGCGUUUAGUAAGCUAACAUUGAUUAAAAA